AAGCUAGUGGCGAUAAUAAGCGCAUUAUCGUGUGUCAGCGGCUGCUGCGGAGACGGAAAAGGAAACUUACAAUACUUAUAACAUUUAUAGCAUUUUAGAUAAACUGUUUCUUUUAACCUGUGGAGAUGUUCAACAACCUUCUCAGGGACUUUGAAGAAGACCCCUUCUUUGCUGAUCCUUUCCGCGCACACAGUGAACGCAUGCACCAAAUGGUGAGAGGUUUUUCGGAUCCCUUCAACCAUGGCUUCAUGCCCAGCAUCACAGACGGACAGGACAGAGGACGCAGGGGAGAAGGUCAGGCACGCACAAGUGUAGCCUCCCGCAACGAGCACAGAGACAUGGAUUUAUUCAGGAAUCCUUUUGCUAUGAUGGACAACAUGAUGGCAGGCAUGAGGAACAGAAUGGAGGACAUGCACAGAAACUAUGAGAAUGUGCCGUCAGACUCCAACACGCACGCGUUCAGCUCCUCCUCGGUCAUGACUUACUCUAAAGUAGGAGACGAGCCACCCAAAGUGUUCCAGGCCUCCAGCCAGACACGCUGUGUCCCCGGAGGGAUUAAGGAAACGAGACGGACUCUGAGAGACACUGAGAGUGGGGUAGAAAAGAUGUCCAUUGGUCACCACAUCAAUGACAGGGGACACGUCAUUGAGAAGAAACACAACAAAAAGUCAGGAGAAAGAGAGUUUAACCAGGACUUUCAAAACAUGGAUGAGACUGAAGCCCAGGCCUUCGAUGAGGAGUGGCAGCAGAAGGUAUCUAAAUUUCAGCCUGCUGCACAGCUGUCCCGUCUGGAGGGCCCGAGAGUCAGAGCAGCUCACCGAGCAGCCAUCACCGGCCCUGAACACGCACACAGAGGAAAAAAAACUAAACCAUCAGAAGGUGAGAAGAAAACACACAUUUCUGAGCUCAACAUUCAAGGCUCCAGCAUGAAGAAGUAGUAAAAACUUUACAAACUGAAAUAAAACUCUGGCAGGAAACAUCUCCCUGAUGAUUUUCAUUUUUGAAUUCAUGUUGUUCUUCUGUGUUUCCUUGCAUCUUUUUUUUCUGUAAUGAAAACUAAACUAAAGCUAGCCAUCCUGAUUUGUUGGUCAUUUUACCGCUUCAUUCUUCUGUUUUUACAGAAAUGUUUCAGAAAGAAAACAAAAUGUUACCGUUACCUGUAAAGUUGGUUCUUUGAUGCCUAGUGUAACCAAAUAUCAGGAAAUGUUAUGGUAUUUGAUGAAGCAUCUUACAGCAUACACAUGUAGACAUUUAGUUUUCAUGCACCACACACACACACACACACACACACACACACACACACACACACACAUUAUUUCAUCUUUUGUCGAUGAAAGGUAAUAUACAGUGAUUUAAUCAAAAUGACUGUCAAAAAAAAUCAUUAGUGGGUCUCCCACUUAUUAGUACAGAGAUGUUCUAAAAUGUACUUAUGAAUAUACUGUGCUUGUGUGUAAUUAACUAUUUUGGCCAUCCAUUUUGGAAAAGUAUUACUUGCUGUGCCCACUUGUUAAAAAAAACUACAAAUGAAAACCCUUUUUAUGUGUAAUUUCAUGUGCAAGUCUACCUGUGAAUGUAAUGCAUUUCUAUGACAUUUGAUUUUCUAUAAAUGUGCUUAAUGGA